AUGUACGACGAUGUCAAAGACCGUAUUCUGUUCCACCCCAUGCUUUCGAGAGGUACUCUGGAAGAGACGCUGAGGCUGGCCGAGCACGAGCAGAGGAUCAAACGGAGGUCUGGAGAGGGGAUCGAGGACACGAGGCAUGCGCCCGUCGCUGCCGGUGUGGGCCGGGGCGGCGGCAUGAGGACAGCAGCUGCUGCGGGAGCGGAUGGCGGGCGAUCUCAUGAGCAGAGAGGUGCCUUCUUCUGUCAGGUUCACGGAGCGAACUCCUCUCACAACACCCCGGACUGCCAUAAACUUCGCCAGGACUUCUUGUUCCACUACAACGACUUCAUGGCGUUCAUUCGCGAGAGGGACAGUAUGCGGGGACCAGGGCCCGACGCUUGCCAGCCGCGAGUCUUCAACGAGGCCUUCCGCACCCCUAAUCUGCCGGCGACACCGCAACAGCAACAGCAGCAGCAGCAGCAGCAGACAUCAGCGCACCCUCAACGACCUCUGCCUCCUCGACGGCGAUCCCCUCUUCACCUCCGGGCGACAUUCCUCCAGUUAGUGGCGCCCGUCUUCGUCUCUUCCACACAAAUACUUCGAAGUAGUGUGGAACCUCUAGGCGAGUCUGAUUCUCUGACUGGAAAUGAGAUUGGAGUUGUUAGUGAUGGGGAGUUGUCUGGUGUUCCCGUUGCUGGUAUGUCUGUGCUUGAUGUUCCUGUUGUUCCUGUAGUGAAUCCUGCUGUAACCUCUCAAGCUCCGGUAUCCCACACUAGGAUGCCAACACCCAAAGGUGGUGAGCAGUUGCAGGGAGACUCGGGGACGAGUGCGGGGAUAUUUCAUGCGAGGGAAGGAGUUGCGUUUGAGUAUGAUGUGGCUGUGUUGGGUCGUGCCGAACAAAUGGAUGUUGACGUUUUCCACCACCGCGCUGGCCACUUUCCCGAACCCAUUUUGAGUAUGACUGCCGAGCAACAAGGGAACACCCUUCCCAGGGAGUUGGAACCCGGGAACACUGCCGCUUCGCCGCCCUCUGCCAACGCUGCCACUUGGCCUGCCGUCGCCGCCGCCACGGCGGGGACCAUCACCGCUUCGCCGCCCGCUGCUGCCGCUGUACCGUGGGGACCCGCCACUGCCGACGCUACGUCAUCGUCGCCGUCGCACACCGCUGGUGGCGCACCAUGGAAUGCAGCCGCCGCCACCGACGCACCGUCGCCGCUGCCGCCAACCUCCGGGACCGCGUUACCCGCCACUGUCACCGCGGCCGCGCCGUCGCCGCGGCCGCCGACCUCCGGGGCGCCGUGCCGCUUGUGCCUUCGCCAGGUGCCACCGCGCUGCCGCGCCCGAGGACGACCGCGACGAGGACCACCGACGGCGCCGCCGCCGCUUCGUCAUCGCCGCAGCAUACCACCGCAGGUGGGACCCGAAUUCAUCCAGCCGCCCCUGUCGUCCCCGCGUCGUCGCCGACAUUACCUUACUCAGGGCAUGCUUCGCCACAGGCGGACUAGUUGUCUUCUAUUGAGGCCGCUGCUUCAUUUUCGACGGCGCGUGAUGCACGGCAAGCCGAUGGUUAGGCAUGGGUUGGUGGGGGCCGGUGAGCUGGGGGGCGGCGAGCAGGGGGGCGAUGGAGGACAAUACGGUUGGGGGGGAGACGUGAAGGCGAUCAAGAGCAAAUAGGUGGGGGUCGAUACCGGUGGAAAUGAUGAGUGGAGAAUGAGUGGUCGGUCGACCCCGCGUGGCACGGCUUGUAUCGCCGGGUCUGCUCUUUGUCAUGUGCGGUUCGUGUUUCGUUUUGUUUUUGUUUGCCUUUCUUUCUAGCAGCGAGAUUUCUUCUUUCAAUUGUUGCUGUUCUUAAAUCUAAAAUCAUGGGGGGGGUGUCAUGUGUGACCAUGAUUCGAGAUGGCAUGAACAGCAAUCGAGUUGUUUCUGUUUUCAUAUGAAUACCUGCUUAGCAAACGGACUGUUGACGUAUUGAUAAUAACGGAGUGUUCUUUCAUGGACUCUGGAAAUAUCAGAGGUGUGUUUUGGGAUGUGACAGAAGAGAGGCUGGUUGCAUGGUUGUUUGAUUUUCUACCAUUGAACAGCAACGGUGACACCGGUUUGCUUGUACGCGCUGCGUAGUAAUUGGUCCUUGGAAACUGUAGUGGAGGAAUAAUUUGGCAUGUUUUGAUUGAUGAGUACGUGUUGAAUUGUCUUCGUGUGGCAUUUUACUUGGUAGAAGGCUUUACGUUAUCUCCUGUGUAUUUGACGCGCCUUUCCAUGUACCAUCGGUCAGGGAUACACCCGUUCUCUCUGUUUUCGAUGCUGUCGGCAAUUAUCAUGGGGAGGGAGAAUAGGUUGUGUCAUGACAAUUGCCACAGCAUCACGAACAAAUGAAUGCUUUGUUUUUUUUUACUCUGCCCGAUUUGCAAAGUUCAUGAUUUGAUUGCGUGAAUGGCAAUGCAAGUUUUUAUGCGGUUAUAUUUGGUGUGCUUUCCGUACUCAAAUGUCACAGGAUGCGUUUGUCAAGUAGAGGGUUGAUCCCUUGCCGUCUGGUGUCCGGAGCAGGGGGGCCGUAAUCAGACUGCAUUGGUAGGGUUUGCAGGAAGGAAAUCUAUUGCUCUGUUGUCGAAGGAUAGAUGUUANGUAGAGGGUUAAUCGCUUAACGUCUGGUGUUCGGAGUAGGGGGGGCGUAGCCAGACACGUAUUUGUAGGGUAUGCAGGAAGGAAAAUUGUUGUUCUGUUGGAAAUUGAAGAGAUGUUAUUCACAGAAUGUGGCGUCUUGCAGCAGCGGAGGUGGCGGCGCGCUUGUGUCUCAUCUC